GGCCCCACGGGGUGAUACAUUCUCACCCGUCUCCCUUCGAGAACAGCAUAGAGGGGGUGUUCCGCUGAAGAAAAGCGCCGUGGCUACAGUGGUACGCCUACGCGACGCCCUCACCAUCUUCUCCCGCAAGCCAGCCAGCCAGCCAGCCAACCCAAUCACUUUUCCCCUCCCGUCUCUCCGCCGCCACUUCCGCCAUGUCCGCGGCGGCGCAGGCGACGGCGCCUGCCUCGUCGGACUGGACCACGGAGGAGGGGCAGUGGGUACUCCUCGUGUGCAUGCCGCACGUGGUCUCCGACACGGUGCUCCCGCCGGGCACCGAUCUCUCCGUCGAGCGCGAGCGCCCGCCUCGCCCCUUCCGCCUUACCGUGCCCCGCCGCGUCGCGCCCGACCCCAAGGACAUCUACAACCACCCGUACGUCUCGUCGGUCGGGGAUUUCGGUCGCUUCGUGCUCUACGCCACCCACGGCACGCAGGCUCAGCCGGCGCCGCCGGUCUUCGUCGACGAUUUCGACACCGGUCCGGAUGCGCGGCUCGACCACAAGGGCUUCCCCAGAGCGUUGUUCCUCUGCGACCUCAACACCCGCUCGGCCACCCGCCUCCCGGACCCCGAGCGCCCCAUCUUCCGCCCAGACCCAGGCAGGGUCGGCCUCCUCGCCACCAGUGCGACGAACUCUAUCAUCCUGCACCUAGAGCAUUUGCUCGGCACCAACCAGGCCACCCUCCUCUGCUACAUCUCCGACCACGGCCGUUGGACCGUCCAGGAUCUCUACUGCCCUCCAGGCGCACCAGGCCAGCGGGAGUGGAGGGGAGGGGACGGCGUCAUCAAGUACAUGGAUCUCAUGCUUUGGGUUGAUCUGGCAUGCGGCAUCCUCGCCCUCGACACCAACGGCCUCCUCCUGCAACGCCGGCCGGAACUGCGGUAUGUGCCGCUCCCUGAUGAAUGCCAGAGUCCAGGCAACAAUGGUCUAGCAAGAGAGCGAUGCCUUGGUGUGAGCGAAGGGGUGGUCCGAUUCCUUGAGAUCUCAAAUUAUGAGAGGAUUAGGUUGUGGACACUUGUUGAUAUGGGCACAGGGGACUGGACUCUUGAUCAUCAGCUUGACCUCGAGAACCUCUGGGACGAGGAUGGUUUCAAGGCCAUGGGCCUGCCUAAUGACUGUCCCGCUGUCGCAUUUAUCCACCCUGAGCAUGCCACCAUGGCAUACUUCUUUCAGGAGUCUCGACUAUUCCAUGUUGACAUGAGCACCGGCAAGUUUAUGGAUGUACAGUACUUCAUGAUGGACAACCCGCCGGCUGAUUACCACUCUUCCAGAUUUGUUCGCCCUUGGAAGCUUCCGCAGUCACUCUUCUCAGGGAUAGUUAAUUUGUCUAAUGGUCCAAUCCGGAGAGCAAAAGACAAUGCACCACCUGGGGGUUACCCACUGGAGGGACUUACCGGGCAGACAUUCAUAGGAUGAAUUGGAGGAACAUGAAGCAGCAAGUGUUAUGGCUAACUGUCUCCUAGGUGGAUUUAGUACUUAAUACAGGUUGCGGAGUGGUUUCAGCGGAUGAUACGGUCUGUUCUGGUGGCAUGCGUGUUCUGGCAAUCGUGGAGUUCUGCACUCAAAAUCAAACUAUGUUGCUGUCGUUUUGCUUUGUCCUGUCAGACAGUGAUAGCAUGUUGAAACAGUAUCGUUGCAAUGUCGCAUAGUUUCUAUUCCUCCUUGAACGGAACGCUGAUUCUCAGAGUAGUUUUGUCUUGGUUGAUAGUGAUGCUUCCAGACUUUUAAGUGAUCACUUGAAUCUGCUGGGGUGAUAUGAAUCUCUUUGGUGAAUUAUUGCUUCUUCA